AACGCCCCAAGCAUAGUCCCUGGCCAUCAUCUUCAUCGCCAGUUCUAGAGAGAGAGAGAUCAGGGACAAGCAAUAGGGUCCAUCGAUCGAGACGGUCAUGAGCAACCUAGUGAAGAAAAUGUUGUGCUGCGGGGCCAAAAGCUUCGCCUCGGUCGACACUGAAGUGGCGGCCGUACCGGAAGGCCGCGUCCGCGUCUACGUGGGCAAGGACGUCCCGUGCAAGCUCGAGAUGGAGGCCAACUACCUGAACCACCCGCUCUUCGAGAACCUGCUCCGGCUGUCGGAGGAGGAGUUCGGCUACUCCUACGACGGCGCGCUGCGGAUCGCCUGUGAGAUCGACCUGUUCCAGCAACUCAUCCACCUCCUCAAGACCAGCAACCCCACCGCGCAUUACAUGGAGCUUCCCGAUCUCAUCUCCAAGCUCCACACCAGCAGUAAUAACGCCGGCGGCGACGUCAAAAGCGCCAGACGCUUGCCUUGUCGCUCUUGAUGAAUCUCGAUCUCCUCCUUAAAUUUUUUUUCUUUUGGUCCUGAACAUCAUUCUUUUCAUGUACUCAUAGAAAUGGGGCUUGCCUGUGGAUUUUGUAUGGCUCGACCCCGUCUCCCCCCUCGUUAUGUUGUAGAGAGAGAAAUUCUUUUUGGCCGUCAUUCGGCAUGUGAUGCUCGCGACGUGAGCAUAGAAUCCACUGUGAGUUGUGAUUGUAUACACAGAUACAAUGAAGUGAAUUUGUCGAAU